AUUCGCCGUAGUUUCCUUCUCUCUCUCUCUCUCUCUCUCUCUCUCUCUCUCUCUCUGUUUAUAACUUUAUAUUUUUCUCUUCCCAAUUAGUUUCAUCAUCGAUCACUGAAUCUUCUCUUCUCUUCUCUCAAGAACAGAUAUAUUUUUAAAAAAAAUUUCAACGACGAGCUUGCUUUGAUCGAAACGAUAUUAAAGAAAGAUCUAAUGGCGGAAGAGCAUCGAUGUCAAACACCAGAAAGCAACCGUCUCUGUGUUAACAACUGUGGCUUCCUCGGCAGCUCCUCCACCAUGAAUCUUUGUUCCAAUUGCUACGGCGAUCUCUGCCUCAAACAACAACAACAACAAUCCUCCUCCUCCGUCAACAAAUCCACCGUCGAUUCUUCUCCUCUCUCCGUUUCACCUCCGUCAUCAUCAUCCUCAUCGGAAGAAGAGAUCGCAUCCGUCUCUUCUUCUUCACCUCAGAUCAUCAUCCCUCCUCUUCUCCUCCAAAAUCCUUCACCCAAGCUAGAGAUACCGGAGAAAAAACUACAACAGACGACUCCAAACCGGUGCACGACGUGUAGGAAACGGGUCGGGUUAACAGGAUUCAAGUGCCGGUGCGGUACCACGUUUUGUGGUGCUCAUAGGUACCCUGAGGUACACGGAUGCACUUACGAUUUCAAAUCGGCUGGUCGUGAAGAGAUCGCUAAAGCGAAUCCGUUGGUUAAAGCAGCUAAGCUUCAAAAGAUUUGAGAUGAGAUCUGAACCGUUCGUUUUAGACGAUGCGUUGACUUUUCCUCCUCCUCCGGUCUUUCCCCCAAAACGCGUUAUUGGCUCCUCCGCCUCCGCUCCCUCCUCCUUCCCUCCCGAGACAAAAACAAAAAAAAUAACCCGAUGGUGUUGAUUUGAUCUCAGCCGUUCGAUUGGGUUAUAUAUAUAUAUUAUUGUAUAAGAUUUUUAUGUAUUUUUUUAAAUAUUAUCAAUCAAAAGGGACACGUGUCAUGUGGUUUUAGGAUGGAGAUGCUUUCGCUUUCCUUAAAUUUUAAUUUCUCCUUUUCUUU